CUUUUAACAUCAAAUAAAUUCAAACAACUUUUGGUUUGAUUAUUUGAAUAGGUUUAAUUUUUAUCCCUAUGCAGUAGAUUUUCAAUUCAAUGUUCUAUUGACAGUUCAGUGAACGUUCUAUCCUUCCAAUCUGGCAACGUAGCAUCACAACUGAAAAAUGGCCGCUGUGUGAGAUCCAGGAAAGGCAAGGCAGCUUUUUAUUUAUUUUUUCCAAGAAAAUAUUUGUUAAUAUUUUGAUUCGAUUAGCGAAACGGACUUUGCUCCACAAAUAACGACAUGGUUUAAACGAACAUCUUGCCUAAAUAGGGUCAAUAAUUAGAUACUUUGCUUUAUAACUUAUUGAAUCAGUACAAAAUGCCUGUACUGAGCCCGCAUAGAAGUUCCUCAUCUGGACUGUCAGGAUCUUAUAGACCUACUUAUAGCAGUACUUUGGAUAGAUUGGAUAGGCCUUAUUAUAGUGGAUCUACCUAUAGCCCUCGAGCAUCAAGUUAUUCUGAAAGGUUUUCAACUAGAAGUUAUACAGAUUCUGAUGGAAGGAGAGUGUACUCGAGAAGUGGAUCCAUAACAGAAGAUGGAGUCACAACUAGAUUCAGAGAAGAAUCAAGAGAAGGAUCGUUAUCCAGAGACAAUGGAAUAAGUUCUAUCAGAGAAAAUAGUGUUUCAGAUUAUCCUCGCAGAGAAAGUUCUUUGACCAGAUCGGACAGACUAUCUACUUCAAACGUGAUCGAUUCAGUAGCUGAGCUAAGAAACAAAUACUCGCCUGCAAAUUACAUACCGGCCAUUUACAGAAACAAAUACGAUAAUAUAUCAAGAUCCAAGUCCAUAAAUGAUAUUGGUUUGCCUCCGAUUGAGUCCAAAUCAACCAGUCCCUCGUCCGCAUCGACGCGCAUCAAAAAACAGGUAACCCCCGAAAAUACCCUGGCUAACAGCAAUAACGCUAACUGCGGCAACAGCUCUGCUAAUACUUUCAAGCUAGCCAGUAUUAGCGCUACUAACGGCAGCAACAACGCAAACGGUAGCAACAAAACGUUGACGGAUUUACCGGACGCGGACGCAAACGGUAACAGGCGGACCAGCGUCGCUGAUUUGUGCAAACGGUUUGAUGAGAAACCGCAGCCGCAAGGCAAAGUAAGCGAGAAAUUGCCAAAGACAGCACCCGCGAGGGUCGUGGGUGGCCGGCAACAAGUUAAAAGGGGUGUUGUGGAUACGGUGAAGGUGCAUAGAGAGGCUUCUCCGGUUUCAUCCAGCAACGGCAAACCAGAAUCAUCGUCCCUUUGCAACGGUCACACGACGCUUAGCAACGGACGCAAUAGUCCAGCUUCGCUUAGCAAUGGCUGCGCUAGCGCUGCUGCACAGCUUAGCGACGGCGACAGUGAAGAUUUAAAGGAAAACGGUGUUUUGCAGGCGGCCAUCACUAACGGCGACGAGGAUAAAGAAGAGAAAGUGAAUGGGGAUGAUAGGAAGCGAAGCGCAAGAGUUAAUCAGUGCGCUAGUUUUAUACCCAACGAGCCAACCAGUGACGAACUAGAAUGUGAAAAUGAGAAAAUUGGAAGGAAAUAUAGUUAUGACGUGAGCUCUCCAUCAACCCCUGGAGGAGGCUCCAAGGGAGGAGGGCGAAACGUUACAUCUUUAGCAGGCCCCUCCUCCCGUCGAUCUCUUGUGUCACCACCUGCCGACGGCGACGAAGACGACUUGGCUCAGGCUCGUAGGGGAUCAGCCCCUGACGCUCGCACCGGCCUCGGUCUGAUUGGUUUGAGAAACAUCGGCAAUACUUGUUUUAUGAACAGCGUAUUACAAUGUCUGAGCAACACCAGAGUAUUGCUGGACUAUAUCAGAAAAGACGCCUAUCAGAGGGAUAUUAAUAAUACUACUUCGGGGAUGAAAGGGGCUCUUAUCAAAGCUUUUGGGGAAGUUAUUAAGGAAUUGUGGGCUCCGGAUUCAUCUGGACCGGUUAAUACUGUUGCUUUGAAGUCUCAAAUUCAACGAUUCGCUCCCCGUUUUAUGGGCUACUCUCAACAGGAUGCACAAGAGUUCCUACGAUAUCUUUUAGAAGGUUUACACGAAGAUGUCAAUAGAGUAACAACCAAACCCAAACCCAUUACCACAGAUAUUGACGACAACUUGCCAGAUUCAGAAAAAGCGGCGGAAGCUUGGAGAAGAUAUUUGAGGUCCGAAGAUUCUUUAAUCGUAGACGCUUUCGUAGGACAACUUAAAUCAACUUUAAAAUGCACCCAUUGUGGACACUGCAGCGUAACCUUUGAUCCAUUCUGGGACUUAUCCCUUCCCUUACCUUCCGGUAGGAAUACGGGCCCGCUAAGAUUGUCUCAUUGUCUAGAAGCAUUUACCAAAGAAGAAACUUUGGACGGCGACGAAAAGCCCAAAUGCGCCAAGUGCAAAGAGCAACGGCGGUGCACAAAGAGGUUUACAAUUCAAAGAUUUCCUCAAAUUUUAGUUAUCCACUUGAAACGAUUCUCUCCCUUGGAGAGGUACAAAGGAAAGCUGAAUACUCUAGUGGAAUUUCCUUUGGAGGGCUUGGAUUUGAAUCAUUACGCUGAAGAAGCACAGAGCUGUCCGAAAUAUAGUUUGUAUGCUGUAUCAGAACACUCGGGUACUCCAUAUUCGGGGCAUUAUACAGCACAUUGUAAGAAUCCUAUUGAUGGCAAGUGGCACGAAUAUAACGAUUCGCGAGUAAGUUCGGCCUCGGGCCGUUCCGCCGUCUCACCCGAAGCGUACGUCCUCUUUUACGAGCGAGAGGGCGCUACCCAACGAUCACGGUUGUAGUAGGUCCGAUAAUCAACCAAUCCUGAGCCUAAUUUUUUUUUCUGUUUGCGGGCUUUAUUAAAAACGAAAUGCAGGUUUAUUAUGUUUUUUUUAAAAUUAUAUUUAUAUUAUAUAGUUUUUGUUAUUUUUUUAAAUUAUGUAUUAUUUUAUGACCUGUAUUUUUAUUUUGAUAGAUCGUUGUGUUUUUUUUUAUAUACAAAUGUGUACUUAUGUUCACCCAUCUAGUCGAUUUUUGUUGUAUAUUAUGAGAGAACUAGAAAGAGAGUUUUUUUUUAGUAACGACCUGUAUUAUUUAUAUGUAAUAGCCGUUGUGAUAUUGUUUUUCUUUUGUAUAUAUUAUUUAUUUCUUGUUAAAUGUUAGCGAAAAUUCUCGAAUAUAUACUCUAUUUGUUACAGCCUCUAUUGGGCCAGUACAAAAUCUUAGUCUACUUGCAGCUUUACAUCUUUUACUAUUUAUUUUUGUUGUUGUUACAGGCGUUACUAGGAAAAAAAGUCUUUUUGGAAAUUCGAUUUAACUUAAAAUAAUCUCGUUGUGCGUGUUUUGCAUGUUUCUGGGGGAGGCGCCACCGUCACCCUGUUACUUUAGCCAAUUAAGAGCCCUCUUGAAGGGAGGGGGCGUAACGUCGUCCAGCACCACUAUUACUACUCUAAAACCACCCUUUAAAAAUUGAAACGAGGAUAUUCUAAAACAAACACAAAUUCUAUUUGAGAAUUGUAAUAUAUUCGAUUUAUUAAGCUUUAUAUUGAGAGAACUGUUUCAAAAGCACUAACUUAAUAAAAAUAAUGUUUGCAAAAAAAAAAGAAGUUUUAUUUUACACCUUUGAAAUAGGGGACAAUUU